UUCUCUCAAUCAUGAAGUGCACUGAUUACUUACGAAAAGUGCCCAGUGUUUAAGGAUUAUCGAUUCCGUAGGUCGAAAUAUGUGGAAUAUGCUGCUGCUGAUACGGUGUCGGUUACUGCAAUGUAUCAUCGUUGCCAGUGAGACACAGAGACGUAAUUGAAUCGAACAGUUAAUUAUCUACGCGCAUUAUAUAAACUUUGGCGGCGUUUUAAAUGAUUUUAAAUGAAGUACGGACGUUAGACAGUCAAAUUUGGUAAAAGGGAUGGACUUUCAUGACAUGUGCUUGUAAGAUGAUCGAAAACGAUCAAAGGGCGGACUUGAAAGGUACCCUUCCCAUAUUUUGUGAUGUGUUUACUACUCGACUGACAGAAAAUGAGUUAAACUUUGUGAGUUAAACUUUACAACAGUCGAGUCGGCCGCCAAAGAGAAAAUUCUCUGACACGCGCCCAACUCAUUGACUUGCAUUGUUGAGGAGGCUUGGCAUUUGUGAGGGUAAUAAUUUAGUUUCGACAUGCUGUGAAAUAGAAAUGUGUCAUUUUAGCGGGCAGUUCCCGAGAAAAUAACGAGUUGGUUGAAAUCAUUUAACAAGAACCUCAAAGCUGGGCAACACUAAAGUCGAGCUUCAUCAUCGGACGCUGAUUACUUCUCGAACAACAAGUUUCCUAGUGUCCGAAGAGUUUGUCAAACAUUGGAUUUUUCAGUACUUCGCCGAGAAGGUUUAAGCCAACAGAAUGAUUUGUUAAGUCGCACUUUCACUACAAAUUUCACGUAACAGAAGACGAUGUUGUUGGUAAAGAAUCGAGUAUUUGUGAUGGCUUUCCUUGUCUCCCUGAGGUUGUCUGAAGGGUCUUCAGACUCGAUUCGGAUAGGGUACAUCACCGGGUCCGAGAAACCCCAUCCAAAAAGCAUGUAUAAAAGGCCUGGGAUCAACAUCUCUGGGGCGCUGACACUGGCGGUGAACGAAAUUAACAAUGACUCCAACAUUUUACCUAACCAUACACUGGAAUUCACAGUCAAGGAGACAUACGGCAAAGAAUUGAAUAGCGUUCGACACGCGUGCGAUUUGUCCACGAACGAAAGCAUCAGUGCCAUCAUAGGGCCACAGGAAACCUGCAUCUUCGAGGCUAAAGUUGCGGCAGCGUAUAAUGUCCCCAUGGUUUCAUACUUCUGCACACAAAAAGAAGUCGCAGACAAAGCGCUCUAUCCAACAUUUGUAAGAACGAAGCCACAGGAUUGGGUGAUCUCGAGCUCUGUGACGUCUGUGCUCAAAUACUUUAACUGGAAGAAAGUAGCGUUUAUCCACAGAGACCAAGCUGCGUUUGCACAUAUUGCUAAAACAAUCGUUCAGGUGCGAAGGAAGAUUGAAAUAAAUAUGCCCAAUUCAAAUUGA